UAAGAGAGCAGAUCACAGUGUCUUUGAGUCAAACACACACACGCACGCACGCAUCUCAAAGCUGCGGCCUGUCAGACAGACAGAGGGAUAAUAAUUGCACCAAGUGCAGCAUCUGCCGUGAUCGUCCUGCUGUCCAUCACACCUGUGUCAGCAAUGUCGAUGUAUGAUCCUAGUUACUGUUACAUCCUGGACGGAUUACUGCUUCUGUACUGCAUCGCCAUCACUGCUUUCUUCGUGCGUGAGCGAUGUUUCAAGAAGAAAAGCAACGUGGAGCAAGACUCUUUGUAUCAGCCAGUUAAUAAGAGCGGCCAGUCGGCUUACGACGUACUGACGCAGCGAUCGACUGAAGAAGGUCGAUCCGGAGGGGGACGCAGGCGAGGAGACGACAGCACUUACACGCCUCUGCAGAAAAAGACAGACGACACGUACCGUGAGAUUGAGACGAAGCCGGGCCGCCGCCGUCCUGAUCAGGUUUAUCAGGGUUUGAGCUCCAUGACUAAAGACACGUAUGAUUCUCUGAACAAGCAGCCGAUUCACCCGCCGCCUCGUUAAAUGCUGAUUCUCCACAAACCGGCCGUCAGGAUCACAGUCCAGUGCAGAUUCAGCCACUUAACACCUUCAUUCACUCGUGUCUUUGAUUUCAGUCCAGUAGUUUUUUCCCCUACAUACUCCAGUGACUAUUCAAUGUUUUUACAGUGACUGUGUUUAUUGUUUCUCCACUUCGUGAAUUAUAGAAUUUCAUAACGAACCCAAAAGUCCCACAUGUAUAGUAUAAAUCAUUAUAAAACCAAACCUGACUGAAGACCAAACUUUUACACAUUGUAAGAUUCAACUAAUUCACAGUGCAAUGAGACCUUUGUAACUCUCAACGAUUUUCAAUAACGCCAUUUGGUAACACUUUACAAUAAGGGUUCAUUUGUUAACAAACGACGAAGAAUAAAUCUAUAAUAUUUAUUCAUCUUAAUGUUGAUCUCAGGAUUUACCAAUUCAUUUUAAGAUAAAAAGUUGUGUGUUAACAUUAGUUAAUGAACUGUAAACUAACAUUAAAAAUGUUAUUAUCAUUAACAAAGGUCAAUGUUGUAAAUGAUAUCUCACACAUUGUAAAUGUUAAUGCAUUAAUAAUGUUGAUAAAUGAGACCUUAUUGUAAAUUAUUACCUUGAUAUUCUGUAUGAUUUAAAAAAUGCAUUAUCUUGUGAUGAAAUAUGAUCCGCAGGUUA